AUGGAUAUCAAUUCUUUACAGCGGAUCCUGCAGAGCUACGGUGUCGAACUCGAUCCAUCCGAGCUCAAGGCUGCCUUUGACUGCCAAACCGGUGAUGUUUCGCUCUCUCAGUGGGCCGACUGCCAUCUAGGACGCGAAACCCUUCUCACACCAGACGAACUUGCGCUAUACUCGACCCUGGAACGGUCAGGCUUCGUGGACCGCUACAAUGCCGCCUUGAAAGAUUCGGACGUGGUGGGCCUGCCAUAUCGCAGCGAGGCCGAGGUGCGGACUGCGGUUGACGAACUGAACCGGUCGACUGCAGCGAUCUCCAGGCAGACCGAGGCGCUACGGCAGCAACAGGAGGCUUUGGCGAGGUUCACGAAAUCACGCAUCAAGGGCGAGGUGGCGCGAUCUGAUUUCGAUGCUGUGCGUAUGCACAAAAUUGCCGUGGAGAUUAGGACGAGCAAGUCAGAGGUUGAGGAUUUGACCCGAUCCCUCGAGUCCAAGAUAUCUAGUCUCGAAGAGCAAUCACGCAGCACAAACGAGGAGCUGCUACGGAGUGUUGACUCCAUGUUCGAAUCAGAUGACAAGCUUCUCCGGAGCUUAGAGAAGCUCAGCAACGAGUUUGACAUAUCGGGGUCCAAGGAUGACAGCGGCCCCGUUGAGAAGCUGCAGGAGACUUGCAUGAAGCUCAUCAAGUGCACAGUAGAGAUGAUGCGCUGCAAGUUAGACCGCACGUACCUUGAGACCCUCUCCAACGCCACGCGCAGUUCCCAGGAUUCGACCUCGGUAUCCAAGGAAGACGUUCAGGCGUUGCAGGAAGAGCUCGACUCGCUCUACUCGGAGAUUUUGCCCGUGGUGCAGAUGUCCAUCGAGAACCAGUACAUGCGCCCUGCGAUGCGGAAGAUCACGGCCAAAAACGCACAGGCGCUUGACCACGCUUCCAUCGCGGUCGACUACAUCCAAAACUGCCUAAACUAUCUACUCGAACACGCCGACGCCCUCCUCCAGCGCGUAGAAACCUACCAAUCCCACCAAGCCGCCACAGCCAUGAUCGUCAGCACCGCCCGCGCCGAGCUCAACACGCCCAUCGUCAAACCCCGCAAGCGCACCGAGGAAACCAGCUCCCCGUCCGGCGGCGGCGCAAGUCCUCCACGAGCCGCGGGUCACCCGUACGCACUCGCUCCGCCACCACGACCGCGACGACGGGGCCGGCGCCGCUUUCGUGCUCCGGCGGCGGCGCAGCUCCACGCACACGGUCGGGGACGACGAAGAUCCGAUCGAGACCCUGACGCGCAUGCUGGGGUCUCGCUGCCCGAGGGCGAGGGCCUGUCGGCGGGGGCCAAGGCGGAGCUGCAGGUCGCGGCGCUGGAGACGAUAUUGGCGGAGAGGACGGUCAAGGCGGAAGGGGUGGCGGAGGGGGCGCAGAGGGCGUUUGAGGAGGUUACGGCGACGUACGUGGCGGAUGCGAAGAGGGCUACGGCGCUGCUGAGGGCGUGCGUGUUGGCGGAUAGCCCGUUUAAGGAGGUGAGGCUGGUGGAUGAGGAGAUUGAUGCGUCAAUUGUGGUGCUGGAGCAGGAGAUUGAGAGGUUGAAGGCGCGGGUGGAUGCGGUGGAUCCGAGGAAUGUGAGGAUACGGAGUCAGAAGAGAGAGGAGCUUCUGAAGCGAUGGGGUUCUGGGAGGUAG